AUGCAGGAGGUUGAGCAGGACAAAAAAGGGGGGGAGAAGCAGGAGAGGAAGAAGCAGAAGAGGAAACAGGGGAAGAAGCAGGAGACAAAGAAGAGGAAGAAGCAGGAGAGGAAGAAGAGGAAGAAGCAGGAGAGGAAACAGGGGAAGAAGCAGGAGACAAAGAAGAGGAAGAAGCGGGAGAGGAAGAAGAGGAAGAAGCAGGAGAGGAAACAGGGGAAGAGACAGGAAGAGCAGCAGCAGGAGGAGCAGCAGUUGGAGGAGGAGGAGAAGGAGCAGCAGGAGCAGCGAGCUGGAGGGCACCACCUGCGGGAGGAAAAGUUUUAA